UAAAAGACUAGCUCCCUUCGUUACAAUGCAAGCUUAAAGAGUAAUUUUUUAGUAAUUAGAGUGGAAUUAUUGGAAAUGCGUACUCUUGGAUGCUUGAGGCAUUGGCCUCAGGUGAUUUAUGCUAUAGUGUUUUGCCUCAUAGCCACUAAUGUGGUAGCUGAUAAGCUUUACUUCUUUGGUUUGAAAACAUUGGCCCAACAUGAAGAUCACCAGCCCCACAAUCAUUUGCCACCUCCAUCUCACGACCAAGAACCCCACCCCCCAAGCUAUCACACAUCACCACCGCCUGAAGUUUUUAAAACACUACCACCACUAAAAUUUCCACUACCUCCACUGCCAAAAUUUCCACUAUCUCCAUUGCCAAAAUUUCCAAUACCUCCACCAAAAUCUUCACCACCACCACCACCAUCUCCUUCACCUCCACCGCUAAAAUCUCCACCACCACCGCGUAAAUCUCCACAACCACCACAACCAAAAUCUCCACGACCCCCACCCCCACCAAAAUCUCCACCACCACCAAAAUAUCCACCACCACCAACACCAAAAUCUCCAUCAUCUCCACCACCAAAAUCAUCUCCACCACCAAAAUCAUCACCAUCGCCACCAACUCCCUCACUAUCCCCUCCACCACCAAAAUCUCCACCACCACCACCACCACCAUCUCCAUCUCCUCCACCACCAAAAUCAUCACCACCGCCACCAUCUCCAUCACCUCCACCACCACCACCACCACCAAAAUCUCCAUCACCUCCACCACAAAAAUCAUCACCACCGCCACCAACUCCCUCAUUAUCCCCUCCACCACCUCCAUCUCCAUCACCACCACCACCAAAAUCUCCACCACCACCACCACCACCACCAAAAUCAUCAACACCGCCACCAUCUCCAUCACCUCCACCACCAAAAUCUCCACCACCACCACCACCACCAAAAUCUCCACCACCACCACCACCACCAUCUCCAUCACCUCCACCACCUCCAUCUCCAUCACCUCCACCACCAAAAUCAUCACCACCGCCACCAUCUCCAUCACCUCCACCACCACCACCACCACCACCAAAAUCUCCACCACCUCCACCACCACCACCACCACCAUCUCCAUCACCUCCACCACCAAAAUCAUCACCACCGCCACCAUCUCCAUCACCUCCACCACCAAAAUCUCCACCACCUCCACCAAAAUAUCCACCACCACCACCACCAAAAUCUCCAUCACUUCCACCACCAAAAUCAUCACCACUGCCACCAACUCCUUCACUAUCCCCUCCACCACCACCACCGCCAAAAUCUCCCCCACCUCCACCACCACCACCACCACCACCACCAUCUCCAUCACCUGCACCACCAAAAUCUCCACCACCACCACCACCACCAAAAUCUCCAUCACCUCCACCACCACCAUCACCACUAUCUCCAUCACCUCCACCACCAAAAUCAUCACCACCGCCACCAUCUCCAUCACCACCACUACUAAAAUCUCCACCACCACCACCACCACCAGAAUCUCCAUCACCUCCACCACCAAAAUCAUCACCACCGCCACCAACUCCGUCACUAUCCCCUCCAUCACCUCCACCACCAAAAUCUCUACCACCACCACAACCAAAAUCUCCACCACCACCACCAUCUCCAUCACCUCCAUCACCUCCAUCUCCAUCACCUCCACCACCAAAAUCUCCACCACCACCACAACCAAAAUCUCCACCACCACCACCAUCUCCAUCACCUCCACCACCAAAAUCAUCUCCACCACCUCCAUCUCCAUCACCUCCACCACCAAAAUCUCCACCACCGCCACCAUCUCCAUCACCUCCACCACCAAAAUUUCCACCACCACCACCAAAAUCUCCAUCACCUCCACCUCCAAAAUCAUCACCACCGCCGCCAACUCCCUCACUAUCCCCUCCACCACCUACAUCUCCAUCACCUCCACAACCAAAAUCUCCACCACCACCAUCACCACCACCACCAUCUCCAUCACCUCCACCACCACCAUCUCCAUCACCUCCACCACCAAAAUCAUCUCCACCACCUCCAUCUCCAUCACCUCCACUACCAAAAUCAUCACCACCGCCACCAUCUCCAUCACCCCCACCACCAAAAUUUCCACCACCACCACCACCUCCAAAAUCUCCUCCACCACCACCACCAAAAUCUCCACCACCACCACCGCCACCAUCUCCAUCACCUCCACCACCAAAAUCUCCACCACCACCACCACCAAAAUCUCCAUCACCUCCACCACCAAAAUCAUCACCACCGCCGCCAACUCCCUCACUAUCCCCUCCACCACCUCCAUCUCCAUCACCUCCACAACCAAAAUCUCCACCACCACCACGACCAAAAUCAUCACCACCGCCACCAUCUCCAUCACCUCCACCACCAAAAUCACCUCCACCACCACCAUCUCCAUCACCUCCACCACCACCACCACCACCACCACCAAAAUCUCCAUCACCUCCACCACCACCACCACCAAAAUCAUCACCACUGCCACCACGAAAAUCUCCUCCACCACCUAAAUUAUCUCUACCACUAACACCAAUAAUUAUCUCAUAAUGACAACUAAUCCCCCACUAAAUUAUCUCUACCACUACACCCGUAAUUAUCUCAUAAGAAUAAAUGCUUCCUUAUUUGGAUGUCGAAGUGUGGCCAAGUUUGUUAUCUUUGUAUUUACAAAUAUGUAUUUUAAUGAAUAAUGAUCUCUAGUAGAGAUCGUGAAUCUGUGUAUGAAGCACUCAAUGUAUCAAACUAUUUGAAGCAAUGUGACUUUACCAUUCAAGUUC